AGCUCUUGGGCUUAGGCAAUUCUGCCUCAGCCUCCUAAAUAGCUGGGACACAGGCACCUGCCACAAUGCCUGGCUUUUUUUUUGUUGCAGUUUGGCCAGGGCUGGGUUCGAACCUGCCACCCUAGAUAUAUGGGGCUGGUGCCCUACCCAUUGAGCCACAGGUGCCACCAAGUCUAGUUCCAGUUUUCUCUGAAUCCUGCCCUUAUCUCAAACCAGGAGAUUGUGCCAAUACCCCUAGACUCUACAUAUCAGAAAUUAAGCUUUCUGUAAAGAUGGGGGAAUUGGAACGAGUUAUAGUUUUGAAGGGUGAGCUGAUGUGGGAUGAGGUGCAGAGAUUCUGAGUUGAGGGGCCAUGCCAGUAAAGAUGUUUAGCAGAAUGGUGGAGAUUUGAAACUGGUGGCUAAAGCUAAAGCUUUGAAUGUAGUGGGAGUUGUCUAUUUAGAACAGGUAAAAGCUGAGUAUAAAGUGAUAUCAGAAAGAGGAGAGGGCUAAGGCUCUGCACCUUAAGGAACAUAGAUGUUCACAGCAUGGGAUGGAAUGGGUUGGGGGUGUAGGGUGAGAACCAGAAGAUUUGUGGAGCAUGAGGAAUUUCAGGGUGGGGGUUGCUAGAUUAUACUACCAUGCAUUGCAGGAAAGCGGGGGAGGGUGGUUGAGACCGAGAAGUGUGGGUUGUGGGAAAGUCUGUUUCAGCAUAGAAAGUGGCAGCAAGGUUUCGAGGUGAAACUGGAGUCCUGACGAAGUAGAGUGGGACACAUACACUGCAACUUUGAGAAGUGUGCAAGAGAGGCCUGCGAUGAGUCUCUUGACUGGUUUAGCAUGGACUCUGUUGCCACCCACAGCUGCCAUCUCCUCCAGCAACUGCACGAGCAGCGGAUCCAAGGCCUGCUUUGUGACUGUAUGUUGGUGGUGAAAGGAGUCUGCUUUAAAGCACAUAAAAAUGUCCUAGCAGCAUUUAGCCAGUAUUUUAGGAGCCUCUUUCAGAAUUCUUCAAGCCAGAAGAAUGAUGUUUUUCACUUGGAUAUUAAAAAUGUCAGUGGCAUAGGGCAGAUCCUGGACUUCAUGUACACAUCUCAUCUAGAUCUCAACCAGGACAAUAUACAAAUAAUGCUGGAUACAGCACAGUGUUUGCAAGUUCAAAACGUCCUGAAUCUGUGCCACACGUUUUUAAAAUCAGCCACUGUAGAGCAGCCUCCUGGCAUGUCUUGUAAUAGUACAUUCUCCCUGCAAAGCUCUCUCACCUCUGAUGCUACUUGUGCUGUGAAUGAAAACUACCCUUCUCAUUUACUGCAAGAGUAUUCUGCAGAUGUACAGCAUAAUAAAGUUUUGGACGGAUCAAAUUCUCACGCUCCACCAUCAGUUAGUGUUCAUCAUUCCACAAGUGAAAUAGCAAAACAAACCUCUGACGCUUUAGAUGGCAGCUGUGCAGAUCUGCCUUUCAAACAGCCGAGUUACUAUUACAAACUCAGAAACUUUUACAGUAAGCAGUACUAUAAAGAUAUUGCUUGUCCCAGCCAUGAGCGAGUCGUUGAGCAGCCUUUGACUUUGAGCCCCCCCACAGACCUCACUGUGGUAGGAAGCCAGCCGUGUGCUGCUGGCCAUCCCCAGUGCAUGCUGGAGUCCUCAGAGCACUUGCCUUCCAACUUCCUGGCCCAGCCUUUGAGUGACUCUGCCCCAGACCCUGAGUCAGACGCCACAUGCCCACAGCCUACCAAGCAGAUGAGGCUCAAAAAGGCCAUUCACCUAAAGAAGCUAAAUUUCCUAAAGUCACAGAAAUCAGCGGAACAAGCAUCAGAACCCAGGUUGGAUGAUGAUUCAACAAAGAGGAUGGAGUCCGCUGAUGAGAAUCCCAUAGAGAAAGGUAGUAGCCAACUUGUUGAAGAAAAAGAAAGUGAAGAACUAGUCCCUUGUGAGAAUUUUAAUUGCAUUAGUGAAGUGGAGAGACGCGAAGACCCUGCGGUGCUGGAAGACCAGUGCCAGACUCUUUCACAGAGACAGUACGCGUGUGAACUGUGUGGGAAACCUUUCAAACACCCCAGCAACUUGGAGCUGCACAAACGGUCUCAUACAGGUGAGAAACCUUUUGAAUGUAACAUUUGUGGGAAACAUUUCUCUCAGGCAGGUAACUUGCAGACUCACUUACGUCGGCAUUCUGGAGAAAAACCAUACAUCUGUGAGAUCUGCGGAAAGAGGUUUGCAGCCUCUGGCGAUGUCCAACGUCACAUUAUCAUUCACUCAGGAGAAAAGCCACACUUGUGUGACAUCUGUGGUCGAGGGUUUAGUAACUUCAGUAAUUUGAAGGAGCAUAAAAAGACACACACAGCAGAUAAAGUAUUCACCUGUGAUGAAUGCGGGAAGUCCUUUAACAUGCAAAGGAAGUUAGUAAAACACAGAGUCCGGCACACGGGGGAGCGGCCUCACAGCUGUUCUGCCUGUGGGAAAUGUUUUGGGGGAUCAGGUGACCUCCGCAGGCACGUGCGCACACACACUGGGGAAAAGCCGUACGCAUGUGAGAUCUGUGACAAGUGCUUCACACGCUCUGCUGUGCUGCGGCGUCACAAGAAGAUGCACUGUGAGGCUGGUGGCAGACACCCAGACACGCUGGGAGGGCUUGGUCAAGCCAUCGAGACCUCCGACCUUGAGAAAUCUCAGAGUUCAGACUCUUUCUCCCAGGAUGCGUCUGUGACAUUGAUGCCGGUAUCGGUUAAAGUCCCUGUCAACCCAGUGGAAAAUUCCAUGCCAGAAUUUGACAGCCAUUCUGCCAGCUCCUAUUGUAAGUUACAGUCCAUGACUCAACCUCAUGGACUUAGUGACCAGGAGAAACUGAGUUUGGAGCCUGCGAAGCCGGCCAAGCCCCUGCAGCAGGUGCAGCACCAGGCGUAUGCUUACUCAGACACGGAUGGCCCGGCCAGUGUCGAGCCGCUGCAGGCUGACGGCAUGUCCAUGAUCCGCUCGUCCCUGGCUGCUUUGGACAACCACUGCAGUGACCCCCUGGGCAGCCGUGCACCUGCCACAGCUUACAGGAACUCAGAGGGACAGUUUUUCUCCAGCAUGACUCUCUGGGGGCUAGCCAUGAAGACGCUGCAGAAUGAGAGUGAGCUGGAUCAGUGAUGUCCGUGCCGAUGGUUCUCAGGGCUUGGGUCUUCUGUCCACUCUGACCACCUGGUGUCAGCCUGCAGGAGAGAACCACUUCCCCUGGGACUGCACCUUCUCACUAGCCAGGGGAUGUUUAGAUAACCUCCCCCCUAAAGUUGGCUCAGGGAUUGGGAAGGAAGGCCAGCUGGCUCGCCGCUGAGACAGAUGUGGGGCAUAGAACUGGAAAACUCAUUCGCUUUAGCUAGCAUGACUUGUGCAGACUUGGUGUUAAUGACUACACUGGGGUCAUAUGAAAGGGAUUAUAUGUAUGAUAAUAUAAAUAUUUUUGCAUUUUUGCAAAAUUGAUAUUUGUAGCAUUUUGUAUUUUUAUUUACACAGAUUUUAUUUGUAUAUGAAGCUCAUAUAAUUUAAUUUGAAUAAAUGAAACUUGCU